GUUGAGCCGCGCUGUGCAACCCUUACCCCAAUAACAGGCUGAGCCCAUUGGUCACCCGUAGACUCCACUGUCAAAGUGCUGAUAUUUUGAAAUAGCUCAGAGGCAUAAAAUCGACAAGUGCAAUUUCCUUUUGUUUAUUGUGAGAAAAUAACUGCAGCCCGAAACCCAGUACAAAGGUUCCCUCUCAUCCUACUUUCACUUUCCAUCUGACACAUCCCUGCUGCUGCUUCUGCCUCUCCCAGAAACUAUAUACUGAGAUUGAAGCCAAGCCGAGCUCAUAUUGCAGAGAACGAGGAAGACUGAAUCCGGUGUGACCCACUGCAGCUAAAACUAUGGGUUCGGAGGUAAAAAUGGAAGCUCCCAUGUGUCUGAUUGAGAACUCUCCUGAUGGGAAAUUAUCUGUAAAUCCCCAAGCCAAGGAGAUCCUGUCCAAGAUCACUCAGCCAGUAGUGGUGGUGGCCAUUGUUGGGUUGUAUCGGACGGGAAAGUCCUACCUCAUGAACAAGUUGGCUGGAAAGAAUGCAGGAUUUGACUUGGGUGCAACCAUCGUGGCACAAACAAAAGGUAUCUGGAUGUGGUGCGUCCCUCACCCUACCAAGAAGAACCACACCUUGGUACUGCUGGACACAGAAGGCCUGGGAGAUGUACAAAAGGGUGACAAGAAAAAUGACACCUGGAUUUUCUGCCUUGCGGUUUUGCUUAGCAGCGCGAUGGUGUACAACAGUAAGGGGACCAUCGAUCAGGACUCCAUCGAGAAACUUCAUUAUGUGCAGGAACUAACUGAAAAGAUUAAAGUAAAGGCUUCUGAAAAUGAUGACGAGGAGGCUGAGUUUUCCAAACAUUUCCCCAUCUUCAUAUGGACAGUGCGGGACUUCACCCUGUCUCUGGAAGUGAAUGGAGAGAAGAUCACAGACGAUGACUACUUGGAGCAUGCUCUGGCGGUGAAGGAACCUGAGAGAACUCUGAGGGACCAGAUGCUCAACCUGCCGAAGAAAUGCAUCCGCAUGUACUUCCCGCGUCGCAAGUGCUUCACAUUCUGCAGCCCCACCUCUAACCUGAACCUCUUUCAGAAACUUGAACAAGUUUCUGAUGAACAGCUCUUUCCUUCCUUCGUGGCAAAAGCAAAGCAGUUCUGUGAUUACAUCUUCAGCUAUGCAGAAGUCAAACACCUGGAUGGGUUUCAGCCAGCAAAAGGCAACAUGUUUGGAAAUCUGGCCGAAAAAUAUACUGAAGCUAUUAACAAUGGCCAAGUCCCUUGUAUGGAGAAUGCAGUCCUUUACCUUUCUGAGAAUGAAAACAAGGCAGCAGUUGAGAAGGCCUCGGAAUACUAUGAAACUGAGAUGGACAAGAGAGUGGUGUUUCCUACAGAGACGAUGGACCAGUUCAUGGAUAUUAACAAAGAAUGUGAGGAAAAGGCAGUUGAUAUCUUCAUGGCAAGAUCUUUCAAAGACAAAGACCAUCACUUCCAGAAAGAGCUAAUGGGGAGGAUACAGAAGAAAAAGAACGAAUUUCUGAAGAAAAAUGAGGAUGCUUCUGUUGCUAAUUGUGAUGAUUUGCUUGCAAAGUUAUCAGAAGACCUAGACAAAGCUCUCACUGCUGGGUCGUACGUUGUUCCCGGCGGCUAUCAACUAUUUAAGCAGGAGAUGGAUAAGAUUGUUGGAAAAUACAAUGAGGAUACAAAGAAAGGCAUUAAGGGCGAUGAGGUUCUUCAGAAGUUUCUGAAGAAUAAGGAGGCGACUGGAGACACAAUUUUGACAAGUGACAAGGCCCUUGAUAAAAAUGAGAGGAUUAAAGAAGCUGAAAAGGCAAAGGCUGAAAGCUUAAUGAUAGAGCAAAAAGUAUCUCAAGUGAAGGCAUCUCAGGAAGAGCAGAAGGUCGACAACCAAAUGAAAUCCUUUGAGAUGAACUUCCAGCGACUGUUGGAGAAACUUCAAGCUGAAAAAAUGAUGAUGAGGGAGCAAAUUGAACGGCUAGUGUCUGAGAAGAGGAGGGAAGAAGAACUCCUGACACGCCAAGGAUGUGCCCGGCAAGCCAAACUCUACGCGGCACAGAUCAGUGAUCUUGAGAAGGAGAAGGAGCAAGCGGAUCAGGAGACUGCGUGGUAUACGCCCGUAUGGGAGAGCUUGAAAAGUGUAGUAGUAGAUGUUGCACCUUCCCUUUUCAACUUUGGUGCAGGGAUGGUGAAAAAGGCGAUUUCUAGUUUCCAAAACAAGGAGAAAGAAGAAAAGAAGAAUAACAAAGAGAAGGGCCCGCCCAAACCAAACAAGACCACCAAAUAAAGUUGGCUGAAGCUUUAUAAGCAGCCAAUAAUAGCCAAGUGUAGUCAGCUUAGGGUGAAGACACACAGAGCUACUAGUAGCAGCUACUUGUCACAGCAACUAAAACAGACAAUGCUGAUCAUUUGCUUAUAAUUGUCUCUACGUGUGUUUUAGCAAUUCUCAUCUGUCUCUAUGGCAGGGUAUUUUUUUAGUAGCCAUGACGAGUAGCUGCUACUGAGUAGCUCCGUGUGUUUUCACCCUAAGUGCUUUUUACCCCGCUUUACUUUACUUUCCCUUGGUUUCAGCUUAUUUCACUGAGAAAAAUGCUCUUUAUCUUGUUCAAAAAACCCGAAACAGGUCAUUGAAAAGUAAGUGAAAAUUAGAAACUUUGCCUUACUACUUGAUUUUAAUAUAGUAGCACUUUUGUCUCUGUCUUCAAUAAAUAAAGUGAAAAUCUGUGCAAAGUU